UCAGCAAGCCACUGUUGUCGCCUUGGCGUGUGAAAGAUGCAUUGCCUACCUGUUGUCGUGCUCCUUCCUCUGCUGUGCAUUGCCAGCCACCCGACAGCAGCCUCAAGUUCUGCUGUCGACGCAGCCAACAAGCCUCACAUCUUCAUGCUUCUUGUCGACGACUGGGGCUGGGCCAACGUUGGUUACCAUCGCGAUCCGCCAACCAAAGAGGUACAGACCCCCACGUUCGAUCGUCUGGCAAAGAAAGAAGGCGUCGAACUCGAUCAACACUACGCGCACUGCGCCUGCUCGCCAUCUCGUUCCUCUCUGCUCACCGGCCGCCAUCCGAUCCACGUCAAUGUCGACAACGGCGACGUCCGCCGGUACAACGAUUUGGACCCCGUUUCCGGAUUCCAAGGCAUACCACGAAACAUGACCGCCAUCGCUCAGAAACUCAAACAGGCGGGAUACGCGACGCACCAAGUUGGCAAAUGGGACGCCGGGAUGGCUACCCCAGACCACACCCCCAAGGGGAGGGGCUUCGACUCCAGUCUGGGGUACUUCCAUCAUAUGAACGACUACUAUACAGAACAGCAAGGAAUAUGCCUGAUUGGUUUUUCGGAGGUAACGGAUUUUUGGGAGACGGAUGGUGAGAAAGAAGGGCCUGCAUACGGCAAGAAUGGGACAGUGUAUGAAGAACAGAUGUUUGCAGCCAGAGUGUUGGAAAUUGUUGAGAAUCACAACGUCUCUCAACCGCUCUUUCUCUACUAUGCUCCUCACAUUGUUCACGGACCGUUACAAGUUCCACGUGAGUAUGAGGACAAGUUUAGUUUUAUUGAUGACGGUACCAGAAGGUUGUAUCAUGCCAUGGUGACAUAUCUGGAUGACGUCGUUAAUAACGUUACUCAAGCGUUUAUCAAAAAAGGGAUGUGGAACAAUACUCUGAUGGUCGUAUCAUCUGACAAUGGAGGUCCGGAGUACUUUACUGGUGGUGCUAACAACUAUCCUCUAAAAGGUGGCAAACUCAGUAAUUGGCAAGGUGGUGUUCGAGUGAAUGCUUUUGUGACUGGCGGGCUUCUUCCAGAAGCAAUGCGCGGAACGACUCUGGAUGGGUACGUAGCUCUGUGUGACUGGUACACAACAUUUUGUCGUCUCGCUGACGUCGAGCCGACCGACGAACGAGCAGCAGAAGCUAAACUGCCACCAGUAGACGGACUAGACAUGUGGCCUUACAUCUCAGGAAUGAAUAAAACCUCACCAAGAGUUGACGUCCCACUUGGACCCAAUAUUAUGUCAAACGUCGUCCAGAGAGGCGGACACGCUGGUCUGAUUAGCGGCAAUUACAAAAUUCUGGUUGGAGAAAUAGGUGAAGCUGGAUGGACCGGACCACAAUACCCUAACAACACCAACCCAGGUGGAGGAUUUACUAUCAUUGAAGACUGCGGGACAGGGUGUUUGUUCGAUAUCAUUAAAGACCCAGAAGAACGACAAAACUUAGCUCAAUCUAUGCCCGGCGUUUUGAAAGACAUGCAGCAGAAGUUCGAAACAAUGGUGAACUCCAUGUUUUCACCUAAUCGGGGACUAAGCAGUCCAUUGGCAUGUGAAUCGGUUCGUGACCGUUACCACGGUUACUGGGGACCAUUCCUUCCUUAGACAGGCUCUUAGGAUCCUCGAGGACACACCACACAAUUUCUUCAAAUAGAUGUAAUGUAUUGUGUUUAUCUGUACCUUCUAACAAGCUACAGAGCUAGCUUUAGAUUGGUUUGUGUUCAUUAUAAUGCAGGCAGAAACAUUUUGCCAUUGUCAGCUAUUUGGACGUGCAGACACUGUACAUUGCUUGCUUGCGCGUGACAGCCGGCAUUCUUUAGGAGGUGAAAAGAAAGUAAGAAAUAGAAAUAGAAAUUAAUG